GUCAUUGGUGGUCUGUGUCUCCUUUAGAAUUCACACCGAAAGUGAGGAGUUAUAUUUCUGAUCCAUCUUCUCUUACCUUUAGACAAGAAGACAUUGUCCGAACCAAACCAAUGUAUUCUUCUUUGUUGGCUGGAAGGGAUGUGGAUGUCUUCCUAAGCUUCUGCUGCGAGACUAGCGAUCAUCGAGUUUUGCAAGAUCAUUUGUUAGGAAGUGGAAUCCAAACUUUUGAAUCCAUCAGCUGGGGGGAGACGAGAGUAAGAUCAGUUGAUCAACGGACACUCAAGGCUUUGGAAGAGUCGAAAGCGGUUGUGAUGCUAUCUAAGAGGGAACCUUGUUCCGUUGGGUUCCUUGAAGAGCUCAUAGUAAUACUCGAGUUUCAAGAGAAAGGUUCACUCAAGGUCAUACCCAUCUGCCUCACGCCUUACCCUUUUGUUGAUGUGGAAGAAGAAAACUCCCAACUAUAUCCAGAGAAUGCGCCGAGCUGGAGAGCCGCACUUACCAAACUGUCCAACAUCGCCACCGAGUAUCCAUUUUCUCGGAAUAUCAAGUCUAUGUUCCUACCAGAUUGGCUCAGGGAAGUUGCUCGUGACAUUUGUCUCCAAGUUCUCUCUUCCACAUCAAACGAUUUGAAUGCCCUUGUUGCAAUGGAUCGUCACAUGGAAGCUGUUUACGAGUUGUUGGGGGUUUCUUCAGAUGUUAACAACAACGAGGUUCAAACCAUUGGCAUCUGGUGUAGCGCAGGUGUUGGGAAGACAACACUUGCACGGUACAUUUAUGCAAAGAUCUCCGUAAAUUUUCAGACAUGUGUUUUCCUUGAAAAUGUUGAAAACAUGAAAGACAAGAUUCUAAAGUCUGAAGAUCCAACGGUAAUGACAAGUUUAGAUCACGACAUUAUGACAAAAGCAAGGCGUAAACACGAGAAAGUUCUCCUUGUAGCUGAUGGUGUGAACAACAUCGAGCAAGCCGUGUGGAUCAUUGAAUAUGCUAAAUGGUUUGCUCCAGGAAGCAAAGUCGCUCUCAUUAGCCAGAACAAGAAUUUGCUUGUUGACGCCGGAGUGACGGAUGUGUAUGAAGUUAGAACUCUAAGAUAUGAUGAAUCUCUUCAACUCUUCUCACAUUUUGCGUUCAAGCAGCCAAAUCCCCCUACCGAUUUCGAACUGCUUGCAGUUCAUGCUGUCCAUCUCGCAGGGUUUCUUCCUUUAGCACUUAGGCUGUUAGGGUCCUUUUUGAAUGGUAAAGGUCGACAGGAGUGGGAAGCUGCACUGCUCAAACUCAAGGCAAAGCAAGGUGGAAAUAUAUUGGAAGUGUGGAAACUUAUGGAAUCACCACAAUGAUAAAAGAUCAAGAGGAAAAGGAAGUUGCAAGUGCUUAGAGGCAAUGAAGAUAUUGCAUAUCUUUGUGCACCAGUAAAAUCCCAGCAUUUUAGGGGGUGCGGGUGCCGCACGGUGUGCCUUUCCGAUUUAGAAAAUUUACUUUUUCUAGAUAAGUAUGUAUUUAGGGAAAACAAAAUCGGGUUUUGAGGCUGCUAUAAAUACGGGUCUAAGGGUUUGUAAGAUUAUUCAUUCACAUAAUAAUAAGAAAUCCUAAACGGAUAUUUGCC